CCGUCAUCAAGUAGGAUAAGGUGAGUUACACAACGAAAAUGUGUAGGAUGAAGCAGAGAACAGAGGAGAUAUACGACAUGCGACAGACGACUUAGAUCACGACGAGGAGGGGGAGCAUACAGUGACACUAGAAGGAAGUUCGACAAUUCAGCAUUAAGAGGUAGACAGAGGGGGUCUUUUGAUGAAAACGAGGAUGCCGGCAAAGCGAUCGCUGUAAUAUUCGACAUUCUCUCCAAACACUCUCGCUACUUCAUCCUACACAUCACUAUACUUUAUACCGACACAGUUUACUAAUAUCGAAAAUCCGACAUUCUUUCUUGCUUUUUAGUCUGCCAAAAUGGGUCAACCUUCAGGUCUUUUCACGGCACGCAAGUUGAAGGCUGAUCGCCGUAACAACAAAUGGGCCGAUGCUCACUACAACAAGCGUAUGUUGGGAAACUUCUACAAAUCAUCCCCAACCGGUGGUUCAUCCCAAGCAAAAGGUAUCGUUUUGGAAAAGAUUGGUGUUGAAGCCAAACAACCUAACUCUGCUAUUCGUAAAUGUGUUCGUGUUCAAUUGAUCAAGAACGGAAAGAAGGUCGCUGCUUUCGUCCCCAAUGAUGGUUGCUUGAACUUCAUUGACGAAAACGAUGAAGUUUUGAUCUCCGGUUUCGGUCGUAAGGGUAAGGCAAAGGGUGAUAUUCCUGGUGUUCGUUUCAAGGUCGUCAAGGUUUCCGGUGUGUCACUUUUGGCUCUCUUCAAAGCCAAACGUGAAAAGCCCCGUUCAUGAUCGCCUUCUCUACAUCAUCAUCAUUCACGCAUAUCCGCAUCACAAAAAGCGUUGACAUGUGCUCAUAGAGCCCUGUCUUCGUAUUUGUAUGGUCAUUUUCAUACAUAUGUUUCAGUAUAUUUUUACAUGCUUAAAGCAAUCACAUUUAUCACGCA